UCUUCACAGGGACGCGUAUGAAAUUUGGUGCCGUGACUCGGAUCGGGGGACCUCCCUUGGGAGAUCAAUCCCCUGUCCUCCUGCUCUUUGCUCCUUGAGAAAGAUCCACCUAUGACCUCAGGUCCUCAGACCGACCAGCCCAAGAAACAUCUCACCAAUUUCAAAUCUGAACCUCCUCCCCCAGGAGCUUGCUACAAGUGCCAGAAAUCUGACCACCAGGCCAAGGAAUGCCCGCAGCCCAGGAUUCCUCCUAAGCCGUGUCCCAUCUGUGCGGUACCCCACUGGAAAUCGGACUGUUCAACUCACCUGGCAGCCACUCCCAGAGCCCCUGGAACUCUGGCCCAAGGCUCUCUGACUGACUCCUUCCCAGAUCUUCUCGGCUUAGCGGCUGAAGACUGACGCUGCCCGAUCGCCUCGGAAGCCCCCUAGACCAUCACAGACACCGAGCUUCGGGUAACUCUCACAGUGGAAGG